UCGGGCUUCCUGGUAGCGUUCCCUGCCGGGUGGGUGACCAUCUCGGAUUGCUUGCCAUACAGAUAGUAUUCACAGAUCGACCUGCCCCUGAGUUGUUGUCGAUGCCUGGGCGCAUCUGACUACCUUUGGCUUACGCAUCGUGCUACCGCCACUCUCGUCGGACGCCGUAACGGACUAGAUUAUCUACAGGAGAGGCCCAUGGAAGACUACGACAGAAUGGAUACCUCGGCGCAUACCGGGCAGGAUGACCUUUCGGUCGGGGACGUGUUUAGCCCGCAGGCCGACAUGUCACAUUCGUACAAGGAAACCACCUUCCACGACCCCCAGGAUGCCGGAUGUCGCACGAGUGCCCGCAGUCCCCAGCGCACGCAGGGCCCGAUGACCAAGGGACUCGCGGUCCACGGAAAUGCCUUUCCAGCGCCGGAGCUGAACGCGAACCCGCUGGCGGCAAAGGCCGACCGACGUAAGAAGAAGAAAAAGCACGCCGUCCAUGAGGUCGCCCCCGUUAUCAACACUGUGCGUGGGUUUACCCCGCGCGGCUCCGGCGAUGAGGACUCGGACAUGUCCGCUGCCAGUUCCCGUGCACCCAGCUCGCGGCCGCGAGCACCGGCUGGGGCGAAUGGAGGUAGUCCGUUGAUACAGCCGGCGGCGGCCUGUGGAGUGAGCGCCUUGAAGCUGCAACUCGAUUCGAUGAGCCUCACUGGCAAUGGGAAUGGGUCCCGGUCUGGCCUCCGCUCAGAGACCCCCAGCAACGCCAGUGUGUGUUCGGACAGUGACCAGACGGAGGUUCUGACCAGCUAUGAGGUGCCCCUGGAGCACGACUACGUCAGCGCGGAUGCAGCCGCCGAGGAGACCUCGCAGAACACGUCGAGUGUGCGGGAUAUGCGCACUCGGUUGUGCCGAAAGAUGACCACCGAUGACUUUGAGCCGCUGCUCUGCCUGGGCAAGGGGUCGUUCGGGACGGUCUUGCUGGUGCGCCACGUGCUCACCGGGAAGCUGUACGCGCAGAAGCAAUUCCGCAAGGCAUCGCUCACCGUCCACAAGAAACUGGUCGAGCAGACCAAGACCGAACGCAUGAUUCUCGAGAGCGUCAACCGCCAUCCGUUCGUGGUCAAACUCUUCUACGCAUUCCAGGACCACGAGAAGCUAUACCUGAUCCUGGAGUAUGCCGAGGGCGGCGAGCUGUUCACACACCUGGCUCUGGAGCGCAUGUUCGACGAAGACGCCGCCGCGUUCUACAUGGCCGAGAUGGUGCUGGCACUCGAGCAUCUCCACCAGAACGUGGGUGUCAUCUACCGCGACCUGAAGCCGGAGAACUGCCUGCUGGACAACGAGGGCCAUCUGCUGCUGACGGACUUCGGACUCAGCAAAAUCGCCCUGGACGACGACGACCGCUGCAACUCCUCGCUCGGCACCAUCGAGUACAUGGCGCCGGAGGUCAUCCUGGCCAAGCCGUACGGCAAGGCGUGCGACUGGUGGUCCCUCGGGGCGCUGGGCUACGAUCUCCUCACGGGGUCGCCCCCCUUCAAAGCGAACAACAACGCCAAGCUGCAGGAAAAGAUCCUCAAGCAGAAGCUCACGCUGCCGUACUUCCUGGGCCCGGACGCCAAAGACCUGCUCAUCCGGCUGCUGCGCAAGGAACCGUCGAAGCGGCUGGGAUACCACAUGCCCAAGGACCUGCAGACGAUCAAGAACCACCGGUUCUUCCGCAAGAUCGACUGGAAGGCGCUGGAGCGGCGGGAGGUGGCGCCCCCCAUCAACCCGGUGGUGACCGAUCCGGCGCUGGCGGAGAACUUCUCGGCGGACUUCACGCGACUGCCGCUGAGCCCGCGUGUGCACAGCUUCGACGAGCACUACGCGGCGGCGCGCUCGGGGGGGCUGCGGACGGGCCACGACGGACUGGGCGAGACGGCGGAUCUCUUUGGCGGGUUUAGCUUUGUGGCUUCGAGCAGUUUGCUGGAUAAUGGGAUUGGGGUGUAGAUGUAGAGGUUUCCUGGUCUGAGUCCCGAUGUUGGAAAGAGAUAGAUAGAAUACUCCAUGGUUGUCAGCAAUGAGAGAGCGUUGGUUGUGCAGUGGUGUUAUUUGCAGUUUGCAGUUUGCAGUUUACAG